UACAAUAUUAAUAUUUUUAAAAAGUUUAUUAUUCAGUAAAUAUCAAAAUAUAUCACUAGGACUGGGGUUUCCACUAUCCAGCGUACCUCCACCACCAGGCCUUCUGAAAUCUUUUCAUCGAAAGCCAGAACUUAGAUAGUUUUGGUUGCUGAGAAAUGGAUACGGGUCCGAAUGGAGAGGAACCCACUUCGUGGGAGGAGCUUUACAGUAUAAAUUUAAUGCCUUCAGAGUUGUCUUUCAAGUUCAGAAAAGAAGUCCAGGGGUUACGAGUUGGUGUCAAUUUAGAGUUCUAUAAUGCUCCAGUCAAUGAUUACCAAGCAAAGAUCGUACUGAAGCCUCUGGCCCCUGAUCGAAGGUGGAAGUUCAUAUAUGAACCUGUACAUCAAGAUGUACGAAUUCUUUCAAAGAAGAUCCCUGUCACGAAAUUUCUGAAUCUCCAGGUUGGUAUAGGCCACAAUUUUCAAUUGCAAGCAACUGGGUGGAAAUGGAAACUCACUACGUGUUUGGGUGGAGAUGGAAUAUCUCGGAUCCAGAAUAAGACAACUCUUGGCUUAUGCCCUGGUGUUGAUUUGCGGUUUGGUUGGAAAGCAGAUUAUGUUCUUCCAGAGAUUACUGGGGCAGUAGGUACUGGUGAACCAUUAUUCAACAUGAACUCGGGAAAAUUGCAUGCAUCGCUAGAUAGAGUUGAGGCCAUUCUUACCCAUACAUCAUGAUGCUUUUCAAAAAACCAGAACUAGCACUCUUUGCCUGAAAUUGGGAAAGUGCAACUGCAUGUCAGAAUUUCUAGGUCUUUUGGAAUGGAGUACAGUGAUUACUGAUGGGCUUGUUAUGUGAUAUUCCUUCAAGAUGGGGACUAAAUAGUCAUUUUGGUUGUGCACAUGUGUGGAUGAGAGUCACUGAUCAAACAGCUCCUUUUGUGUGUUAUUCAAAGUGAACUGUAGUGGGUUCAUGUAUGCAGUUGGCACUUGUACAGUUCAUUGAUAAUUGUUAUAACUGGUGCUUGUUUACCAUUUAUCUUCCCAUUGGUUUCCAUUUGCUGUAAGUUGAUGUAGAAGGGCCAAGUUUUAUUGAAAUAUACAAUGCACCCUGGCCUUGAAAACCUA